CAGAAGCAGAUCAUCUUAGGCGCCCGGUCAGGCGGUCGCAGCUUACACCCCACAAUGGCUGCCAAUCAACUCUUCGCACCAACACUGAUCACCUUAAUCGCCGCAACCUUCUUUGCACUGAUGUGCAGCUCGCCACAAGUACGGGCCAUGAACUACACGUUCAUGAAGGACGCGAGUCGGGCGCCGAACGUGUCCUACUACGACUACAUCAUCGUGGGCGGCGGCACGGCGGGGUGCCCGCUGGCGGCCACGCUGUCGGAGCGCUCCCGCGUGCUCCUGCUGGAGCGCGGCGGCUCUCCCUACGACGACGAGCGCAUCGGGGACAUGACCCGCUUCGCGGACACGCUGUCCGAUACCUCCCCGGGCUCCCCCGCGCAGCGGUUCGUGUCCGAGGACGGCGUCAUCAACUCGCGCCCCCGGGUGCUGGGCGGCGGCAGCUGCAUCAACGCCGGCUUCUACACGCGGGCCGGCGAUAACUACGUGCGGGAUGUUGGGUGGGACCUGGACGCCGCCAAGGCGGCGUACCGGUGGGUGGAGGACGUGGUGGCGUUCCAGCCGGAGCUGGGGCCCUGGCAGGCCGCGCUGCAGAGCGGGCUGCUCGAGUCCGGGAUCGCGCCGGACAACGGCUUCACGUUCGACCACAUCGACGGGACCAAGGUCGGCGGCUCGAUUUUCGACGCCGACGGGCGGCGGCACACGGCCGCGGACCUGCUGAGGUACGCGCGCCCCGACGGGAUCGACGUGCUGCUCCGGGCCAGGGUCGCCAAGAUCCUGUUCAAUGUCAGAGGGAGACGGCCGGUGGCGCGCGGCGUGGUGUUCCACGACUCCGCGGGGCGGAUGCACAAGGCGUACCUCAACGCGGGCCGCGGCAACGAGAUCAUCCUCUCGGCGGGCGCCAUGGGCAGCCCCCAGCUGCUGAUGCUCAGCGGCGUCGGCCCAGCCGGUCACCUGAGGUCGUUCGGCAUCACCCUCGUCCACGACCAGCCUGAGGUCGGGCAGGGGAUGUCCGACAACCCCAUGAACGCCAUCUUCGUGCCGUCGCCUUCCCCGGUCGAGAUCUCGCUCAUCCAGGUCGUCGGCAUCACCCAGGUCGGGAGCUACAUCGAGGGCGCCAGCGGGUCCAACUGGGGUGUCGGGCUCGUGUCCUCUGGCCGCCACCGGCACCGGCACCGGCACCGGCACCGGCACCGCAACUUCGGCAUGUUCUCUCCACAGACGGGGCAGCUGGCCACGGUGCCCCCGAAGCAGCGCACACCGGAGGCCAUCGCGCGCGCGGUGGAGGCAAUGAGGCAGCUCGACGACUCGGUCCUCCGCGGCGGCUUCAUCCUGGAGAAGGUGCUUGGACCGCUGUCCACGGGGCACCUCGAGCUCCGCAACCGCAACCCCGACGACAACCCGGCGGUGACGUUCAACUACUUCUCGCACCCCGAGGACCUCCGCCGCUGCGUGGCCGGCCUGUCGGUCAUCGAGCGCGUCAUCCAGUCCAAGGCCUUCGAGAAUUUCACGUACACCUCCUUCUCCAUGGAGACGCUGCUCAACAUAUCGACUGGGUUCCCGGUGAACCUGCUGCCCCGGCACGACAACGACUCCACGUCGCUGGAGCAGUUCUGCAAGGACACUGUCAUGACCAUCUGGCACUACCACGGCGGCUGCCAGGUCGGAAGGGUCGUCGACGCCGAAUACCGGGUGCUCGGCGUCGACGCGCUUCGUGUCAUCGACGGCUCCACUUUCAACGCCUCGCCAGGAACCAACCCGCAGGCCACCGUCAUGAUGCUCGGCAGGUAUAUGGGCGUCAAAAUCCAAAGUGAGAGAUUGAAAGCUGAAGGUUCAGAGGGGACAAAAUUGUAAUCCUAUCAUGAAGUAUUUGAAUUGUAGUAUGUAAUGCUGGGUUCAGUAUUGAUGGUGUGACUCUGAUACGUUGCGCAUAUUGUCGGAACUGUACCAUGCAUCUAAGCUUCAGAUCAUGUAUUCUACUCACCCAGCUUUUUCUCUAAGAAAAAUGAAACCCUGGCUGUAAGUGCCUUGUGCCUAGUGCCAAUUGCCAACGAAGAGUCUUGAAUGGGAAAGAGAAUCCAAUAGUGGGACACGAACUUUAGAGAGACAUAACCAUGGAGCCAAAAGGGAAAGGGAGAUGUUGGAUGCCAAGAGGAUAUCCAUGGUUUAAAACCCUUCGAAAAAUCCAGCUCGCAUAUGCCUUCUCAAGGAUAUGUUCCCUAUAUAAAUCUUGCGAUGCCGCAGGCUCACAGAUAGAGAACAGCAAUGCCAAGAUAAGAAAUAGGAAAAAAAAACUGAUCAAAGAAAUGAAAUUCCUAAGCUGUCCAGUUUCAGGGCUUCUCUUUCUUGGCAGGGAGAGCAUGUGAAGCUGUAGGCUGUAGCUCUGUUCUGUUCAAUCCUCUGCCAAAGGAGAGUUGCCCUGUAACACGACCGAGCUUAAGGUUCACGAUAGUAGGGACCAUUGGUGGUAGUUUCAAGUUUUCCGCUACACUGCAAUUUGGUGUUAUGCCUGCCAAUGGUGAUGCAAAGGUUCGAAUGCUUUGAAUUACUGGGUUUACAUAUUUGUGUCCAAGCAGCUGAAAGAAGUUGAUUGUUUUUCCUUUGUGGCCUUCUCUUUUCAGAAUAUCUGGAUACUAGAUCCUUUUGGUUUACUGCUGCUUCUUUUAACAAAGUGUUUACUGCUAGUGCUACCUCGUAAGGACAGUUUUAUUAUAUGGAUGAAGAAUGGUCAUCAGCAGCUCAGUGCCAUCUAUUUUUGCUAACCUCUGAAUUUUUGUUGGUAAAACUCUUAUGCUGAAUCAGGUACAUGUAUGCUCAGUAAUCUCAUUGAGAUC